CGUAUAUAUACACACAGAUCUCUAAAUCGAGCAAACCCUAGAAUUCGACACCAUUUCGUUUAACACACAGAGGCGAGGGGGUUAGUGUUGUUUGAGGGAAGCCAUGGGUUCUUCGAAGGACAACGGAUCACCUUCUUCCAAUGGCGAUUCUGCCGCAGAUAACAAUGAUGCCGCCAUUGAAAAUUCGCAAGAAGAAAACAACAAUAACAACAAUGAGACUAACGCUUCUUCCAGAGACAAAGACACUUCUAGUCCUGGAAAAAUCUUCAUUGGAGGUCUGUCAAGGGAUACAACACCAGCUGCUUUCACCAAGCAUUUUAGCAAGUAUGGGGAGCUAACAGACUCAGUUAUUAUGAAGGACCGUGUCACUGGACAGCCUCGUGGAUUUGGAUUUGUGACUUACGCUGACCCUUCUGUUGUAGACAAGGUCAUUCAGGACAAGCAUGUUCUAGAUGGAAGGACGGUGGAGAUUAAGAGAACAAUUCCAAGAGGCAACUCCACUUCCAAGGGCCCCAAGACAAAGAAAAUUUUUGUCGGUGGCAUACCAACAUCAAUUACGGAGGAUGAAUUCAAGGAAUACUUUGCCAAGUUUGGCAAGAUUGUAGAACAUCAAAUUAUGCAGGAUCGAAGUACUGGUCGCUCCAGGGGUUUUGGUUUUGUAACCUUUGAAAGCGAGCAGGUUGUAGAAGAGAUAAUGUCUCAGGGCAGAAUGUUUGAGCUAGGUGGAAAGCAGGUGGAGAUCAAGAAAGCUGAACCUAAGAAACCUUUGCCUGAUGCUGGACCUGCAUUUGGGAUUGAUGGUAGGGCUCCUUAUUUUCCUGGGCCUGCUGGGGGCUUCAGGGAUAGUUAUAGUGGGCUUGGAGGACCAGUUUAUGGAAGCAAUCCAUAUAGGGCAGGAGGAGGUUAUGGUGGUAGGGCUGGAGGUUUUGGCGGGUAUGGAGCUCCUGAAUAUGGUAGGGGUUAUGGAGGCUACGGUGGCAGCAGUCUAGGAGGCUAUGGAGAAGACACUUCUCGUGGUUAUGGAGGUCAGAUUGGCUCCUUUGGUGAAGGCUAUGGUGGCUAUGGUGGUGGAAUGAUGGGUGGCUAUGGUGCCACUGCUGAUGCUUAUGGUUCCUACAGUGGUGGUGGUGGCUAUGGUGGCAGCUUUGACUCUCGGGUUGGUGGUCCAUAUGGUAGUGGUGGUUCCUAUGGGGGAGGUAGGGGUGCGUAUGGGGGUAGUAGCAAUGGCCGUUAUCACCCAUAUGCAAGGUAGAAUGGCAACUGGUUCUAAAGAAUAUGUAAUCGUUGUUCCAUUUUACAGCAUCAAGCAAGCUGCUGGUGUUGGGUUUUGUGAUGAACAUUUUCAAUUGUAGUUUACUUAUGUUGUUGAAGGUCAGUACCUUCUGCAAGUGGAGAAGUUUUACUAAUUAAUUUUGAACUGUUCAAUAGAACGUUUCUUCACAUUUUGGGUAA